AGCAAGGGAAGACCAUAACGCUUGUUCUCUGUGGCCCUUGGCAGCUUCAUCCCCUCAGGCUGCAAGUAUUUACAUGUCAAAGUGUGGAUGAGUACACAGUGGAAAUCCCUCUUUGCACAGAAUGUCCAACUCCUGGCCACUGUGAUUUCUGUUUUUAAAUUCAGACCCAUGUUGUUUUAUGGGAAUGAGGGUUCCAUCAAAGUUUGUAUGUGGUACCAAUGCCUAACACGAUUUAUGAUGAAAGUUGUUCACUUGGAGAAAACGAAUAGAUUGAUGAGAUUGUGCAAGGUGGAGGAGCAUGGACUGGCAUUGUUUACAAAGGGCCAAUUACAUUUGUGAAAUCCAUGCAGAGGAGUCUGAGCAGUGUAAUCAUGUUGGAAACAGCUCAUCUGGAGUGGACUUCAUUGUGAUGAUGUUACAUUAAGGAUGUGUUCAUGUCCUGCAGAAGUGAUUUGUUCUGAUGUGUUGUAACUGCAGGAGAAAUCAGGUGAGCUAACAGGAUAUUCACAACAUUUCUUGACAUUGAAUUAAGCACAGCUGACUCCUGUCACGAAACCAGACUACAAAGUGCUCUGAUCCUCUGCUGCCACCCAGUACUUUGGCUUGUCAUUCAACUGUGUGGAGAGGGUGUCUGAUGUCUGUGGGGCUUUCUAGCUGAAGCUGCUUCUUGAAACACAUGUAACAUUACUAGUAUGUGGAUGGACAUUUUUGCUGGGAGUUUCUUGUGAUUGCAACAGCGGGCCAGUUCUUUGGACUGCAGUGCUCAAUGAUUGAUACAUCUUGAAUGAUGACAUACAUGUACAUCAGAUUGCUUGCUUUCAGGCCAUUACACCAAAGAUCCAUCUCCCGUAGGACAUAAAAACCAAUGUUGUGCUGACAGGUGGAAAAGGAAUUACACCUGUAUCUUUGGCUGUGUGUAGUUUGUGAAGUCUACAAAGUGAGUCUUUUGAGGUUAAGAGAAUACAUGUAUAACAUUGUACUUAAGACACAGUGGUCACAUUUCGCCUUUAUUGUUAUGUAACAGCAUUCCACUCAUACUAGAGUUAUAAAUGGAAUUGACUGAGACAUGGAGCAGGUUUUUGAUAUCAAGCUAUCACUUGACAGAAUGCAACCUUCAGUUCCACUUGGUGCAAGACAAGCAAGAUUAUGAACAGCAAAAUAGACUUGGUCUCCCAUGUGUCAAGUAUUUAAAUAGUUCUAUGUGUAAUGUCCAAUAACGUCAUCCAUUACUGCCAUUCCCUGGAGCCAGUUCGUUAUCAUCAGUCAAGCAUAGAGCAGAAUGAACUCCUUGCCUUCUGGAGUAUAUGGCUAUACCACACCAGGCUUAUUAGUCGCUGUGAAUGACUUCACAAGUCUGUCAAUGCUGCACUGACCUUGCAUCUGUGAAUUUGCUAAUGGUACAGCAUCAGAUCAGCCCUACCUCAUUAAUGACAAUUUCACUGCAACAAUAAGGAGGCUAUUCUAGACUGACAAUUCCCUGGGCGCAUGCUUCAGCUCCACAAAGGAAUUCCUGUGGUAAAUGGCCAUCUAACCCCCUGUCUUCUGCCAAUCUGUGGUGAUGGCUACCUCCUCCACACUCUCUGGUGAUGUCAGUGGGCAUGACAGCAGUUAUAGUAAACAGCAGAGUAUCACCAUGAAUUCACCCACUCCCAGCCCGACAUCUCCAGAUGGUGUGUUUUUAAGGAGGAAGGUUUCACCUCCAGAGAUACAAGUUAGUUCAGAAAAUGGCAAUACCAGGCGAUGGAUGCUGCAUAAGAUGAGACUACAGACCCUCUCCCUUGAAAUUGAAGCUGCAGAGACUUGUCAGUGGUUGAGGGCAGCAGGCUUCCCUCAGUAUGCACAGAUGUUUGAAGAAUGCUUAUUUCCAAUUGACAUUUCUUCAGUGGAGAGGGAUCAUGAUUUCCUGGAUCAGGAUCUUCUCGAUGCUGUCACAAGGAGGCUUCACAUUCUCAACAAAUGUUCCAGUAUGAAGAUUGAGGCUCCUCUGCACAGAUCUGGUGAUGAAUCCGAUGAAGAGGACCAAUGUGCAAUCAGCAACAAGUGGAAGUACACUCGAAGCAGUGGGCGGUGGUCUCGUCGCAUGACUGAUGACGGAUAUCCACCUCUUUCCCCGGACACUGUUGGAUCCAACUCUGCUGAGGGCUCCCCAACCCUUACACAUACACCAGCCACUCGACUAGACAGCAGCAGUCGGGACAGUCUGGUGACCACUGACAACGAGGGAUACACCAGUGCAAGCAGCUUUGACAGUCCUGCUGUAAUCCAUAAGACAUACCGUACCAAGCGGCAAAGCCCUAACGAGAUCACUUGCUCCACCUCAUUGGGCAACCACAGUUUGAGCCCAACUCGUAGGACUCCACCACAGUCCCCAACCAUGCUCUCUAUUGGGGAGGAUGGAUCAAGAAAUGCCAUCAUUGAGAUCUCUUCACCAAUCACGGUGAAGAAAAAGACAACCGAGGAGGAGCAGGGUUCAAAGGAUCGUAUGAAGGGAGCCAAGAACUUUCUGAAGCGAUUAGACAGCUUAAAAUUGAAGCGUGGAUCAAGCCAGCGGGGCAGCAAACGAGGCAAGGAACAUAAGGAGACACUUGUCAUCAGUGAACCAGUCAUUGAUGACCAAGGAACAUUGAAGCGUAAGAUAGAGCUCUUCAACUGUGUGGAUUUGGAUGAGGCUUGUAAGAUCAAAUCAACCCCACCUCACUUCAUGCCUCUCACACCUCCGAUGCGCAGGAGGGCAGCAACGGGAGAAAAGAGAAACUCUGAGAAGAGAAAGGGGCGUGUGUUCUCUGAGCCCAGCUCUCCAUUGAUGAGUAGGAAGAUUGACAGACACUUCUAUAGGGAACUGGAAGAAGCACACAUGACCAUCAUCACCAAAAAACUGACCUUGUCAGAUGUCAGAAACAACAACGAUGAGGGUGAGAGGUUGUUCAGUCUCAGCCCUGAUAAAUCUUUAGAAAUUGAUAUUUCCCCUGCAUCUUCACCAGGAACACUGGAGAGGAAGUUGAGUUGUAGUGGGACAGUCAGUUGCCAGUGCCAAUCUUGCCAAGACAAAAUGGCCCCGUGGAGCUCAAGUGAAGAACUAUCACCAAAACAAGCACAAACAGCUUCUCCGUGGACAAACAGUGUUUACGAUAAUGUUCCCAGGACAGUGCAUUCCAGCAGUGAGCAUGUCUCAACCACCCAGAUUGCAAUUGCUGAGUGCGAAUUCCUACGCCAGAUAUACAAUCUGAAAAACAUUGGAUCAGAGCAGUCUACAGCAGACCAGCCACAUUCAAUUCCUUCAACGUCCACCAUGGCUUCUGACCAGGCUCAUCCCUCUCAUCACCGCAGCCAUUCCUCCGUCUCCAGGACUCAGUUUGAGACGGAAAAGCAUGACAUCCUGACCAACAUCACACAGCUGCUCUUGGCUGAGAAGAACUUGGAUGAUGACCACCUGACUGUCCCAAUCAUGCGCAAAAGGACUCGCAGCAAUAGCCUGCCUGACACACGACCAUGUAGCAUGCAGGUACAAAAUGUGACCAGGUUUGAGGGCGUAGACCCUGAACUGGAUGGGAUCAACACAGAGCUGGAGAAAUUGCUAAAUGGGAUCAACCAGAGUCUGCAUGAGAUGCAGGAAAACUUACGAAGAGAUGAGGGCAGUCUGUCUUCAGCCUCCUCCCACUCCCAAGUGUCUUCACCAGUGUAUUCCCCGGUCUCUUCCACCUUUCCCUCACCCUUUCAAUCACCUUUGCCGUCCCCCCAUCUCAAUCAGUCGAGCUCCCACAAGGACCUCGGAGACAGCAUCUUAGCCACCAGUCAGGAUACCACCCCCCCCACCACCACCAUGGCCAUGAGUGUGACCAGUGAGGGUGAUAUGAUGAUUGGACCCAGUGAUGAAAGUUUAGAUAUGACCAAUAUGCCGACUACCAUGAGAGAAAGGAGGGACUCAGGCGUGGGGAAUUCACUCACACGACCUAGUAGCAGUGGCAAAAGGCCAAGAAUCAGAUGGCACAGUUUCCAGAAGUCUCAUCGACCAAGCCUUAAUUCAAGGCCAUUUCAGAUCUCUGGGCUUUCUGUAAGCCAGUUACUGAUCCUCCGGAAGUUGUCACUCCUGAAGCUAACAUCCCUGAUGGAAAGGCAUUCUGUAACACACAGAAGUGGAUGGAGCUGGAUGAUGCCGCGCUUCAUGAAACGUAUCAAGAGUCCAGACUACAAGGAUCGCAACAUCUUUGGUGUACCUCUCCUGCACAUCCUGCAGACCACAGGCCUUCCACUUCCACAGAGCAUUCUGUAUGCCAUGCGAUUCCUGCGGCGAACAUCUGCUGAGGCAGUGGGCAUCUUCCGCAAGCCUGGGGUCAGAUCACGGAUCCAGCAGCUGAAGAGAUUGAAUGAGAGCAAUCCAGAUAAUAUGAGCUAUGAAGGCACAACAGCAUAUGAUGUGGCUGAUAUGUUGAAACAGUACUUUCGAGAUUUACCUGAGCCUGUAGUUACAACCAAGCUGUCUGAUACAUUUAUUAGCAUCUUCACCUCGGGAAUGCCAAAGGACCUGCGUUUGUCAGCUCUCCAAGCGGCAAUCAUGCUCCUACCAGAUGAAAACCGUGAGGUGCUGCAAUCACUGCUGCUGUUCCUGAGUGAUAUUGCUGAAAAUUCCAAUGAGAACCAGAUGACAGCCUACAACUUGGCAGUGUGCUUUGCCCCCUCCUUGUUUCAGCUGGGGAAGAGCCCAACCCCUACUAUUCGUCAGAUCAGCAGUCCCCGCCGCACACGCAAGAUGGCCACAUCUCGGCCAGACCAGAAGGAACUGAUAGAGAAUGUGGCUGCUAAUGAGUGUCUAGCUCUCAUGAUCAGGGAGGUCAAGAAACUCUUCAUGGUACCGGAAGACCUGAUGACCAAGUGUCAUUUCUCAUACAUGGACCUGGGUGAGCCUGUAGAGUUAGAGGAACUGGGCAGGAAAAGCAGCGAGGAGCAAGGUGACUACAUGAGCCACAUGGAGAGCUGCCUUCAAGGGCUGCUCAAGGAAUCCAGAGACAAGUUCAAGGGUUGGGUUGUGUGUCCAGCAGUGGACGGAGUGGACGUAGCCUACAAGAAAGUUGGUGAUGGUCACCCACUCAGACUGUGGAAAUGCAGCGUUGAAAUUGGUGCUCCCCCUGCAGACAUCCUACAGAGAGUCCUCAGAGAAAGACAUCUAUGGGAUGAGGACUUGGUGAAGUGGCGGACAGUUGACGCCCUGAAUAAGACCACUGAGGUAUUCCAGUAUGUGGUCAACUCUAUGGCUCCUCACCCCUCUAGAGACUAUUGUGUCUUGAGAUACUGGAGAAAUGACCUACCUCGAGGCACUAGUGCCUUGGUCUCCACCUCCAUUGAGCACCCUGAUGGGCCUCUCAUCGGUGGUGUGCGAGGCACAGUUCUAGCCUCGCGCUUCCUCAUUGAGCCCUGUGGUUCUGGCAAGUCCCGUCUAACGCACAUCUGCCGUGUGGACACCAAGGGCCGGACUGUGGACUGGUAUAACAAAGCUUUCGGCCACAUCAUGGCUAGGCUGGUUGGUAAGAUACGAGACCUGUACAUUCAUGAGGCAGAGGGCCCAGAGACUAAGGUGUGAAUCCCUCAGUCACCGAAGCUAAUUCCAUACAAAUAUAUACGUCUACCAUAUAGGGGUCUUGGUUUGUGCUCCAAACCCUUUCUGCUCAUUUGUGUACUUGUUGGUUGGUGUUUCAUCCAGCUAUGAUGUGGAUGGGGUGUGUUUGUUUUCAUGUUCUUGGUGGCAUUUGGAUAUUUUGCAGAUAAUCUUUUCUGGUCAUGAAGAGGUAGCUACAUCUCUGAUUACAGAUAUACUCAUAAGUAUGGAUGAUUAAUGUCCUAAAGAACUUUGAAGUAUGCUGCAGAGCAACUACAUGUACUAGUAAAUUCCAUUCCAGUUCAUCUCGUACAGUCAACACCACUAUACAAGGUGCAAAUUAACACGCAGAAGCACCAUGUUAACAAUGUGAGUCUGCCAGUUUAAGGGAAAUGUCAGCUUCACAUUUGAAUGUCUAUAAUAGAAAACUUUUUCAGAAGAAAGAUAGAAAAUUUGGGAACUUUGAGGGAUUUUUAAAAAUAAUUUCCGUAACAGUCUGUGCUCUCACUUCUUAAGUGCAUUGUUGGAAGUGACAAUCUAAAUGUAGUAUGGAUGUGUGUAUUUAUGUAGAAAUGCUGAUGUAUGUACUCAGGUUUAUUUUAUUGUGAUGCAUAUUGUUCGCACAGUGAACCUAAAUAUAUGUGUAUAGUAUUUAUAUUAUGUAACCUUUGUACAGCUUAAAUUAUGUAUAUAAAGAGACAUAUAAUCCCAGUAGACGAAAAACCGACACAUACCAUUAUAUGGUAAGAAAUGCUAUUUUUAAUAUUUUUUCAUUUUCAAACAAAAAAAUAUCCUUUCCAUAAUCAACUCAUUCAUGUGUAUUUGCUCCUAAAAUUGAAAUUAUGAAAUGUUCAAAUGCAGUGGCUUAAAUCUGUAAACCUUUUUUUGUGGUAGCGUUUUUUCUUUGAUUUGUUAGAGAAAAACAAUGGAAUGUUAAAAAUGUGGUAAACCAAUCCAAUUUGGUGGAAAAUUUGUUUUUACGUGUAUGGUUGCAUGUGGUGCUUCUACAUUUUAUCAUGAUGUUCUUGUGGGAUUCUAAUGCUAGGUUAUGUAAGUUUUUCUCCAAAUAAUCUGACAGAUUUAUAGAUAACAUGUCAAUUGAAGUAACUUAGACUUCCUACCUGUGUCUUGUUCAAAAUUUUUCUGUGAUCCAGGAAGUUUUUUUCCUCCUCAGAUAUACAGUGUUGUGUAUUCCCGCCAUUCCUUAGCCAUCUAAAACCCUGGGUUCUAUGGUUCAAUUUGUACAUUACUGCUACAGUGAAUCCAGUCUGCCAAGCUGAACUUUCUGCACAAUAGCGUGAGUUAAUUAAAUGAACUUUCAGAGAAAAAAAGUGGCUUGAUUACAGACUUGUGCUAAGCCAUGUUUCAGACAUAACUGUGUUACAGCAUAGAGAAGUUAAGACUCACAUACAUGUACGUACAGCACAGGAAGUAGUCAUAUGAGUAAAAAAUGUAGUGACUCUUGACUGACCUUCAGUGUUUUCAAAUUCUGGGUCUAACAUUGGUCACUUUAUGACUGGUAACAUUUUCUGUAUUUUUCUUUAAGUAUGACCCCCGUAGAAAAGUUCAUCAUUUGUUAAAGUUGGUUAUGCAUUUUGUUUGAAUGGUAAUUAAAUGAUAUUGGUAAAAAUGCUGUGUAUUUGGCAUCUUUUUCCUCAUGAAAUAUUUCACAUUUUACAUUUUUGCCCUUAAAAGCUCAUUUUGUGCACUAGAUAACACUUUUUGAAUUCUUCUUAAACCACAACUGCCAUGACAUAGUUGAUCACAUAAUCAAAGAACAUGUAAAUUAAUUUCAGGCAUUCAAACACAUCUUGUGCAGUUGAAAUCAAUCAGGUUUGAAACUGAGCACCUACACUGAAUUCAUAUGUGCAUCUAUCAAGUACAGCCUGCCCUAUGUGAACUCAGUUGUGCAGCAUUACCUUACCUUUACUUACUAAAGUAGAUGGUUUCUGUAGGAUGUAGGCCCAGGCAUCAGAAGGCAAUCUGCAGUAGGACCUUUGCCUUCCUUAAAAAAAAAGAAUACUAAUUGUGAACAGGACAUCAGACUUCUUUUGAAAUAUAUCUCAAAGUGCCCUGCUGUGAGCACAGGCACUUUGUGCUCGGUGCUGAUCAUUUUUAUUGUUUGCUUUUAUAAUGAUCUGCAAAAUUUGACAAAAAGAUGCUUGCAUAUUGAUUGAGAUGCUUCAAGCUGUGUUUGUACUGUGAAGUUCCAAAACGAUACGUACAAAAUUGAAUUUUUUUGGCAACACCUCUCCUAAUACCAAUGUCCGGCUGUGUUGUGGUGUACUUAGAUGUCAAAGAGUGUUUCCUGUAUGUAAUGUAUGCUUACAGUUUUUCUCUUGUAACAAUACUAUGAUCAUGGAAUACAAGCUUGUACAAUUGCUAUCAAAGAGGCACGCUUAAAUAUGACAUGCACAUGUGUACAUUGGUGAAGGAUGUCACCACUGAAAUUUGGUGUCAUUGUUAAGUAUUUAUUGGAAGACAGUUUCCAAGCCAGUCUGGCUUUUGGAACACGUUUAUCACUAUUUCACCUUGUAUUUACAUAGUGUAAGUAUUCACUUGUAGACAUAAGUUAUUUGUAUGUGGGUGGAGUAUGAGUUGCAAGCAGUCUGCUAUUGCAAUCAAGUUAUUUGUUUUGGAUCUCUGUCUGCAUCACAGUAAGUUAAACUGGCCAGAAAACAAUAUUUUGGUAACAUGUAGUAGCAUACAUUCAUCAUUGAAUUGUCUAUUUUUUAAUGUGGUACUUGAAUGGCUUUGGAGCAGGAAACCCAUUUUAUCAUCACUGACUCUUGGUAUAGCAAGUAGCAUUUUAAGUGUAACAGCACGGUGUACAGUGUGGUUGCUUAAGCGUGAAUAUUGUUCCAUAAGAAAAUUAAAACAAACUUUUUUGACUGCUGAUAAUAGAUGAAGGCCACAAUGACUGUCUUGGAGUUAGUGUAUUGAUAUUGUAGCUGUUAGUACAGAAUAUUAUGCCGAUUUCAUGAUAGUUUGUGUCUUCUUAACAACUUGUAUGACAACUGUUUCAGAUUUGCAGCUGAUGUAUUUGUAGCAAAUGUAUCAGCACAGUGCUGGAUCUAGGGUUUUACAUAGACUAUGAAAUAUUGGUAGUGUCUUACCGGGUACCUUUGCCCUAUUUUAUUUGAGAUGAUGAGCAGUUUCCUGGCACUUGAGGAAAGAUGAGCGAAAUGGUGGCAUUGUUUAACACAGUGUCUGAUGAAAUGUCAGAUAUAGGCAUUUACUCUGACAUGGGUCAUAACAUUAGGAGGUAAGACAAAGGAACAGUUACAAAGAAAUGUCUUGAACUUGUGGAUUGACCUCUGUGUAUUUCAAUUCAUUACAUAGUGAAUCCAGAAGUAAUUUCAUUUUUAAUGUUGUAUUCUUGGUGCUUACUGGGUUAAAUUGGAACUUGAUGUUCUGUGUCUAUUAUUGGGUAAUUCUUACAAGCCUUAUGUCUACCUCUAGGGUAACUGUCACUGACAUUGGCUUUUGGGAUAAAUUAUCUUCGAAUAAAAUGUUUGUUUCAACAGGGUUCCAUGAUUGGGAAAAUUUCUGCAAGUUCAGUCCUUCUACAACUGAUGAAUGAAAUCUGUCUUUCAAAUUUGUCUUUCUUUUCUUUUUCUUUGUUUUUUUUUCUCUUUUUCUUUUCCUUUUAUUCUGUCCUGUUUUUGUGGUUAGAAUUCUAGAGAAAUGACUACCUCCACAUUAGUUUCAGUGCCACACAAGUCAUGUAAAGCCAUAGCAUUUCAUUCUUUUUUUGACAAUUUGUAUCUCGGGUGUACGUAACGUCUUGAUGUAUUGUUGAAGUAUCAUUCAAAUACUGUGUAUUUUACUUGAUGUCUUAUUUAUUCUUGAGACAGGCUUAAGUACAGUGAUACAUGUAACCUACCACAUUAUGUUAAUUGUAAUUUGCUCUGAUUAAAUGCAAUAUAAUGGAAUUGUCAAUGUAUAAUGUUAAGAUUGUAUUAACAGAAAUAAAAUAAACUGUGCUAUAAUAAGGGAAAGUGGAAAAGUGAA